AUGGCAUCAUUCAUCCAUUACCAUAUUCGCUUUUGCUUGGUGAUUGUCUUCUUAUUCUUUCUUAAGUCAGAAGCUCAGGUUAAGAAAGCAAAGCACGCUGCACUUGUCUUUCCAAUAAGAAAAGACCACAGAACAAAGCAGUACCUCACUACCUUGAAGGUUUCAUCAAAAGAGAACCAUGUGGAAGUAGUCAUAAACCUUAGUAGCCAACUCACCUGGUUCAAUUGUGACAUCUACAAUUUACCAACCUACCAGCCCAUCGAAUGUGGCUCCCAAAAAUGCAAAAUCGCCAAAGCAGAAGGAUGCAGCUUGUUCUGCGACGACUGCAAGAACUGCAAUCUCCCAAUACCUAGCAAGCCCGGAUGCACCAACAAUACGUGCAGUGUUGACUCUUACAAUUUCUUCACCAAUUAUCUUUCUGACCAAGGCCUGGGAGAGGACACAUUCUUGGUUGAUUCAACUGAUGGCCUGACCAUCAGUUUCAACUACAAAUCCCCCAAACCUUUUCAAUUCUCCUGUGCAAAUCCGAUACAACUGAGAAAAUUACCCGUGGGAAGCGUAGGCAUGACAGGUCUUGCUAAUUACACAAUUUCGUUACCUAGACAAAUGUCAACCCUGUUUAAGUUACCUCAUAAGUUUGCUCUUUGUCUGCCUACCAAGUCUGACAAAACACCAGGCCACAUGUUCAUAGGUGGUGGUCCUUACAUGUUUCCACCAUACAGUAAAGACAUUGCCAAAGAAUUAAUCAUUACCCCACUUGUUAUUAAUCCUCAAAGUACUGCCCCUUUAUAUGCCGUAGGUGAAUCAUCUAAAGAAUUCUUCAUAAAUGUUAAGUCUAUAGUUGUUGAUGGGAAGCCGGUCGAGUUUAACUCUUCCCUGCUAUCCUUUGAUGAAGAAGGUGCAGGGGGUACUAAAAUCAGUUCCAUUACUCCUUUUACCUACUUGGAGACUUCCAUAUUCAAGGCUCUGGUAAAUGAUUUUACGAAAGCUGCUGCACUCAGAGAGAUGAAAACAGUAGCUUCUGUGGCGCCAUUUGGAGCAUGUUUCAGUUCUCAAACUAUUGCAAAAGGCCAAACGGGACCUGUAGUCCCGCUUAUAGACCUUACGUUGCCAGACAACCAGCGGUGGAGGUUUUAUGGUGGCAAUUCAAUGGUUCCUCUAAAUAAGGAGGUGAUGUGCCUUGCCUUUGUGGAUGCAGGGUACAAGCCAAACCCGAAAACAUCUAUUGCCAUUGGAGGGUAUCAAUUGGAGAAUUUUCUCAUUGAGUUUGAUAUCGACUCAACAAAGCUGGGGAUUAGCACUUCACUCUUGCUUAUGAAUACAACCUGCUCCCAGUCUCGACUCUGA